ACACACGGCACAUAUAAAACACCGACAGAUCACAACCAGUCAGAAUUCUUAAGGGUUUAAAGGGAAUCUCAGACAAAGUUUGAUACAGACUCGGAUCUUCCGAUGGAUCUGAUAGUGCUCGGAAUUUUCCUCUCCAUCACCUUCAGCGCCGUUCAAGGUGCCACACCCAAAUGUUGCAUUGCAACAAUGAAAAGGUUUCCUCUUGAACUUCUACAGUCUGUGAAAAAGUAUGAUAUUCAGUCCAGUCAAGGAUCCUGUGAUAUUGAUGCCCUCGUAUUGCACGUGAAAGACAAGAGACUUUGUGCAGAACGCAAGAUGGAGAAAAUUCUGAAAACAAUUCAGAAAUCAAAAAUGCGAAACCGACGUAAGAGUCAUAACAUGUAAAUGUGACCUGAUGUCACCGCUCCACAACAUGCAAUGUUUUGUAAUGUUGUUAAUCUUCAUCCACAGUUUUAUUAAAUUCAUAUGUACUCUUAAA